UCUGUUACACUUAUUAGUAUUCCAUCAUAAUGAGCUCUGAUAAACAGUGUUUUAAAAGUGGGGGCAGAGUCAAAGCCUGAGUUUGUGAGUGUGUUAAUGCAAGCACAUGCACACAUUAAGCAGCAUCAGACUAGUUUUUCUGUAACAAACAGAUCAAUACAGCCUGUCUCCAUCCUUUAAACAUGAAUUGAUGAGGCGUGUGUGUGUUUUAGCUGAGACUGAGAUGUAAAGAUCAAUCUGAAUUUACACACGCACAACAACGCUGUUGACUCCGCCGACCGUAACCAUGACAGCACUCAUUACUGUUAUGACAUGACCACCUGAUGUCGCUUGUUAAUAUUCUUCAUCUCAUCUUCCUCACUUCCUGCUGUGUGUGUUCAUCAGUAAGUGGUGUGUGUUUCUUUGCCGGGAGACGAUCAGCCGCCUGCAGUGGAUCAAUGCAGGGAACAUCUGUAACUUUGUCAUUUGUGAGUGUGUGUGUGCGCAAACUAAAGAGAUUAAACACGUAAGUAAAACUUUUUUUUUUUUUAACUUUAUUUUUGCAUUCCUGACUAAAGCACUUCCUGACGAGCUUAGCAUAGCGAUGAUGUCAUGCUUGUGUGUUUGAAAGAGCGUUAUUGAUUAGCGCUUCUGCUGUCCCACUAAAUGAAUUAGAUAAGUAAAGUGUGUGUGUGUGUGUUGGCCCCCUAGGGCUCAAUGAAGAGGGGAGGCGGGGCCCCAGCAAGUGGGCGGGGUCACUGUGGACAGCAGUUGCAGAGCCCCCGCACUGAAGAAGAGCAGGGAAAGGACAAGCAGCAAGCCAUGGAGGCAAAGGUGCUUUUACUUUGAAAUCGACCGAUCGCGUCACUUUGAAGCCCCCCCAAAAAAAGAUGACCUUCGACCUGAUGAGGCUGUGGAUCCUAGGCAUUGUCCUGGUUAGAGCAGUCCGUGGCACGCGGGUGCUGAGUGGUCAGACGGUGUGUUUGGGCGAGGGCGCGCAGCCCUGCUACAAGAUGGCCUACUUCCACGACGUCUCCAGCCGCGUGGGCUUCAGGGAGGCAGAGCUGGCGUGUCACAUGGACGGCGGCUCGCUGCUCAGCAUUGAAAGUCCCUCCGAGCAGGAAGACGUCGAACACCUGCUGCAGGAGUUGCGCUCAGGAGCAGGAGGAGGCGGAGCUGGAAUAGCAGAUGGAGACUUCUGGAUCGGUCUGACUCGGGUGGAUGGUGAGGACCAUAAAGCUCCCGACGUCGCCACUUCCUGUCCGCAGCUCUACAGGUGGACUGAUGGCAGCAUGGCAUCCUUCAGGUAGGGACUAACACACCCUCUGUGCGUGUGUGUGAAAUUUCACACGUUACACAACAUCGGAUCUGGCAUGC